UGUGGCAGAGGGUAUUCAUCUGAUGGUUUUCUGAAAGGAGAAAGAGACAGAGAAAGACAGAGAUAGAGAGAGAAAGAAAUAGAAGAGUAGAGAAGAGAAAAGAAGAGAAGAGAAGAGAAGAGGAGGAGAGGCACCCAGGCAAGAUAUAGCCAUCAAGGACCUGUUCCCAUAACCUGUUUCCUGCUCUUAGGCCCUCGUCCUAAAAUUUCAGAACUUUCCAAAAUAGCACCACCAGCUGGGAACCAACCUUCAAUACCUAAGCCUUUUGGGGGGCACUUCAUAUUCAAACCAUAACACACAGUCAUUAAAAUGCUAGUAAAAUGUGGAUCUUCUGAGAGAAUGAUAGGAUUUCAGUGCUAUGGGUGGACUUUAUAAAUGAGAAAGCAGCAACUGUAGGAGGACGUGAUGGUGUACAGGUAAUGGGGUAGCUAUUUGCAAAAUGCAUAUGGAAUGACAUGCAAAUGUGGGGUAUCAUUUUUGCUUCUGGCCCUGGCUGGUAGGUUUGUGACCCGCUUCAUUGAGCUGGAGGGUUUGACCUGUCUGCUGAAUUUUCUCCGGAGCAUGGACCAUGCCACUUGUGAGAGCCGCAUCCACACCUCCCUUAUUGGCUGCAUCAAGGCCCUGAUGAACAACUCCCAAGGGCGGGCACAUGUGCUGGCACAGCCGGAAGCCAUCAGCACCAUCGCCCAGAGUCUCCGCACAGAGAACAGCAAGACCAAGGUGGCCGUGCUGGAGAUCCUGGGUGCUGUGUGCCUGGUACCCGGAGGCCAUAAGAAGGUGCUGCAGGCCAUGCUACACUACCAGGUGUAUGCGGCAGAGAGAACACGCUUCCAGACUCUGCUGAAUGAGCUAGACCGAAGCUUGGGCCGGUACCGGGAUGAAGUGAACCUGAAAACAGCCAUCAUGUCCUUUAUCAAUGCUGUUCUCAAUGCUGGAGCUGGAGAGGGUAAUCUGGAGUUCCGCCUACAUCUCCGGUACGAGUUCCUGAUGCUGGGGAUACAGCCUGUGAUUGAUAAACUCCGGCAACAUGAGAACGCCAUCCUGGACAAGCACUUAGACUUCUUUGAGAUGGUCAGGAAUGAAGAUGACCUGGAGCUAGCUCGGAGGUUUGACAUGGUCCACAUUGACACUAAGAGUGCCUCCCAGAUGUUUGAGCUGAUCCACAAGAAGCUGAAGCACACCGAGGCCUACCCCUGCCUGCUUUCUGUCUUACACCACUGCCUACAGAUGCCCUGUGAGUACCCUGCACUUGCUGUGACCCUUGUCCUGGGUCCUGGUCAGGCAGGUGGAGAUGAGACUUUGACACCUCUGUGGGCUGACAAGCGGAAUGGCGGUUACUUCCAGCAAUGGCAGCUCCUGGAUCGCAUCCUCCAGCAGAUUGUACUUCAGGAUGAACGAGGUGUAGACCCUGACUUGGCUCCAUUGGAGAACUUCAAUGUUAAGAACAUCGUUAACAUGCUCAUCAAUGAGAAUGAAGUGAAACAGUGGCGAGACCAGGCAGAGAAGUUCCGGAAAGAACACAUGGAACUCGUGAGCCGACUGGAGAGGAAGGAGCGGGAAUGCGAGACAAAGACCAUGGAGAAGGAGGAGAUGAUGCGGACACUGAAUAAGAUGAAGGACAAGCUAGCCAGAGAAUCCCAGGAGCUGCGCCAGGCUAGGGGACAAGUGGCAGAGCUGGUUGCCCAACUCAGUGAAAUCGCAACAGGCCCUGUAUCUUACCCACCUCCCCCUGGAGGCCCACUUACCUUGUCUUCUUCCGUGACAACCAAUGACCUGCCUCCACCCCCACCCCCUCUCCCCUUCCCCUGUUGCCCCCCUCCACCCCCACCACCCCUCCCACCUGGUGGGCCUCCCACACCCCCAGGUGCCCCGCCUUGUUUUGGCAUGAGCCUGCCUGUGCCUCCUCAGGACCCCUUCCAUAGCAGUGAUAUCCCACUCAGGAAAAAGCGUGUCCCCCAGCCUUCCCACCCACUGAAGUCCUUCAACUGGGUCAAGUUGAAUGAGGAGCGUGUCCCUGGCACUGUAUGGAAUGAGAUUGAUGACAUGCAGGUAUUUCGAAUUCUGGACCUAGAGGAUUUUGAAAAAAUGUUUUCAGCCUAUCAGAGGCACCAGAAAGAGCUUGGCUCCACUGAGGACAUCUACCUGGCCUCUCGUAAGGUCAAAGAACUGUCAGUCAUUGACGGCCGGAGAGCCCAGAACUGCAUCAUCCUCCUCUCCAAGCUAAAACUUUCUAAUGAGGAGAUCCGGCAGGCCAUCUUGAAGAUGGAUGAGCAGGAGGACCUCGCUAAGGACAUGCUGGAACAGCUCCUCAAGUUCAUCCCGGAGAAGAGUGACAUUGACCUUCUUGAGGAGCACAAGCAUGAGAUUGAGCGGAUGGCCCGUGCUGACCGCUUCCUCUAUGAAAUGAGCAGGAUCGACCACUAUCAGCAACGACUUCAAGCCCUGUUCUUCAAGAAGAAAUUCCAGGAGCGGCUGGCAGAGGCCAAGCCCAAAGUGGAAGCCAUCCUCCUGGCCUCCCGAGAGCUGACCCUCAGCAAGCGUCUAAAGCAGAUGCUGGAGGUGGUCCUGGCCGUCGGUAACUUCAUGAACAAAGGGCAGCGUGGGGGCGCCUACGGGUUCCGGGUGGCCAGCCUCAACAAGAUUGCUGACACGAAGUCUAGCAUUGACAGAAACAUCUCUCUGCUCCAUUAUCUGAUCAUGAUCCUGGAGAAGCACUUUCCUGACAUCUUGAACAUGCCUUCGGAGCUGCAGCAUCUUCCAGAAGCUGCCAAAGUCAACCUAGCAGAGCUAGAGAAGGAGGUGGGCAACCUCAAGAAAGGCCUACGAGCUGUGGAGGUGGAGCUGGAAUACCAGAGACGCCAGGUGCGGGAGCCUAAUGACAAGUUUGUUCCCGUCAUGAGUGACUUCAUCACAGUGUCCAGCUUCAGCUUCUCAGAGCUGGAAGACCAGCUAAACGAGGCCAGGGAUAAGUUCGCCAAGGCACUAACACACUUCGGGGAACAGGAGAGCAAGAUGCAGCCGGAUGAAUUCUUUGGCAUCUUUGACACCUUCCUGCAGGCCUUCUUGGAGGCCCGGCAGGAUCUGGAGGCCAUGAGACGGAAGAAGGAGGAGGAGGAGCGGCGGACACGCAUGGAAACCAUGGUGAGGCUGGCCUGGGGCAGGAUGAAGGAGAGGCAGGUCAGAGUGGGAUGCUUCUUGGGGUAUGUGAGAGAACAGGGACUGGGGCACACUCUGGCAGCCAAUGUCAUCCCCAGGAGACAGAAACAGUUCUCUGCCUGUGACGCGGGCAGGUUGGGGUGUUCUGGGAAGGAGCACAGUGGGCCCCUUGCUGAUGAAGCACCAUGGCCCAGUGUUGGGGUGAUUCCCAGCUGGGAGGGUGUCUGCAGGCACAGAGCACAGUGGGUGCUCCUGCCUGUGUCCUUGAGAAGGCCCUAGCUUCCCACCCCAUCUUCAGCUAAAGGAGCAGCGGGAGCGCGAGCGGUGGCAGCGACAACGGAAGGUCCUGGCGGGCAGCGCACUGGAGGAGGGAGGCGAGUUUGACGACUUGG